AAAAGAACAACACCCAAUUAUAAUAUUUACAAAACUCAUACUGUACUUGCUUCUCCUUCCUCCACGUCGCUCCCAUCAUCAUGCCAUAACAUCAUCCAAAGUCCACAUUCAAUGACCUAGCUAUACCCAAUUCCAUGCCAAUAUACCUCUUCUUUUUUUUCACUUUCUCCUAUUCAUAGCUCAUCUCCCAUAUUGCUUUAUCAAAGCUUUAACUGCACUGCUAUUCCAUACUUCUUUCACUCCUGUCAACACUCUUGCAAGAUACAACGUUUCAUUUUUAUUUUUCCAACUAUAUUAAAUUUCUUCUACUUGCCAUAAUCCGUGUUGGUGUUCCUCCUUCCAUAGCUAUAAUUAACAAGGGUUGCUAGAUCAUUCCAACAUGAAUCCUCAAGGUCCAGUGAAGGAAGAGUUUCUCGGAGAAAGUUCUUCCUUUUAUGCUGGCUAUGAUCCGCCCCCAAUAAUGAUUGUUCCUCAACCGGUUCAGGGGCUUCAUCAAACUGCUCCUCCGCCAUUCCUAACAAAAACAUACGACAUUGUUGAUGACCCUUCCACUAACCAUAUAAUUUCCUGGAGCAAGGGGAACAAUAGCUUCAUUGUGUGGGAUCCACAGGCCUUUUCCGUCACCCUUCUGCCCAGAUUCUUCAAGCACAACAAUUUCUCCAGUUUUGUCAGGCAACUCAACACCUAUGGGUUUAAAAAGGUUGAUCCAGAUAAGUGGGAGUUUGCUAACGAGAUGUUUCUCAGAGGGCAAAGGAUUCUUCUGAAGAGCAUUAGAAGGCGGAAAACAAAUCACCAAUCUCAUGCGAUGCAGCAAGGGGUGGAUCCUUGUGUUGAGGUGGGGCUGUUUGGAUUAGAUGGAGAAGUUGACAGGUUGAAGCGUGACAGGCAAGUUCUUAUGGCGGAGUUGGUGAAACUCAGACAACAGCAACAGAAUACUAGAGUUCACAUUCAAGCAAUGGAAGGAAGGCUUAAAAGGACUGAGCAGAAACAGCAGCAGACGAUGAAUUUCUUGGCCAGGGCAAUGCAGAAUCCCAACUUCGUGCAACAAUUGGUUCAGCAAAAGGAGCUGAGAAAGGAGCUGAAGGAAGCUUUUUCUAAGAAGAGGAGGAGUCUUGAUCAAGGGCCUAGUAAUGUUGUUGAAAUAGGAGAGUUAGAUUGCGGUGAAGAGUACUCAAGUUUGGUUAAACUUGAAGCACAAGUGUUGGAUUUUGAGGUACCAGAUCUUGACCUUGGUUUGAAUCUGGGGGAGCAAAUUGGAAGCCAGAAGAGAAUGGAGGAAGUAGAAAGUAUGGAUAAAGAUAUUGAUGAAGUGUUUUGGCAAGAUUUGCUGAAUGAGGGCAUUGAAGAACAAGGUGUAAUGGGUGUAGAUGUAUUGGCUCGGCAACUUGGUUAUUUGGCCUCAAGUUCCAAAUAGGAAAUUGUAAAGUGUUGCUGCAUUUUCCAUUGCUUCAAUGAAUGGCAAGAUCUUCUUAAUUAAUUACUUUUAGAUAUAUACACUGUCUAACCAGUUAUUGUGUUGAUACUGAGAUGCUAAACUGACUUUCUUGUCAAACUUUUAUUGGUCCACAGCUUAUCAAGAAAAUGGACACCUUUUGAUGACAUUUAUAGCAAAAGGGUGGUUUUCUCAAUUAUUGUAUGUCAAAUUUAUUUCAAGUUAAUAUCUCAGUCAAAAUGAUGGUUUUGUUGCUU